AUGAACUCUUCUGGUGCUUCUGGUGCUUCUGCUUCUGGUUUGACUGUUGACUCUAUGUUGAAUUCUGGUUUGGAUGCUCUCCUCGAAAAUGGGACUCCUCUUUCUUCGGUUGCUGGUGAGGGUGUUGCUAUUGGUGGUUCCAUGUUGCCAUUCGCCGCCGAAAAGGCAGGACAAGAUGAGCAAUUGUUGGGGGACAAUCUUCGUCAGUUAAGAGCAGAGAUGUCUACUCGUUUACAAGAAUUUGCACAAGCCCGCAGUAAGAACGAUGGGGUUGCAACUCAAAACACUCUCAGGUCCAUUAAACUCAUCAAACAAAGUAUGAAAAGUUUGAGGGAAUAUCAAGAGACCUUGAACGAGGUUAAUCCCCGUCAAAGAGUUAAUGAAGGCAUGUCACUUCCCGGAGGACUUGCACUUAGUAGAAAGGACUUACCAAAGUUCCAACUCGCCACUAGUCUGGUCAGACCUUUUCCCAAUGAAGAGGCUUUCGAGUCAGUUGAACAUUUCUUGAGAACAUUUGAAAAGGUCAUAGAAUCAUCUGGUCGACAGAUAGAAUUCGUUUGA